ACUAUAUAGCACUGCCUUGGUUUCUAAUACUGGAGUUUUCCAUCUCUGUGGAAAUGGAAUAGCGGAAAAUAAUACUUCACGGUUUUUUUCUGAAUGUGUUCCGCAUUGCUUAAAUAUUUAUGGCAUGGAACACCGCAGCCCUAAUUAAUCAUAUGUUAUCCAUGCAUAGAGCCUGAACUAACCCAACAAUAUCCUCUUUCAUUUUCGUCUCACUAAUACAGAUCCCAAGUUAUUCCUCGUGGUCAACAUGCGUUGCUGUACUUUGCGGACAUUACCUAUUUCUUUCAAUAUUCUGAUUUCUUGUGAAAUCGUAGAUCUGAAUUCAAACGAGUUUAUUAUUCCCCUACGGAAGAAUGCGCAUGCUCGGUCAUUCCCCUAGAUUAUUAAUUUUUAAUGGAGGUAGCUUCCAUUCUCACCCAGACCUGUCUCGAACAAGGAACCCAAACGUUAAAGUAAAUUAAUUUCUAGCAUUUUGGUUGACCGUGUAUCCUGCAACAAAAUCUGCAAGUUCGUUGUGGCACUAUUAACAGGAAAAUGAAGCCUUGGUAGGAUUUGAAGGAUGGAAGAUGUAUCGCGCCUGCCUUUAACCCUUUGCAUCCCAUGAUUCUAAGACAAUCGAGUUGAAGAUGAUGCGCCGACUCCCCAACACCAGCAGUGAUUACUGCAUGAGUGGCAGGCCGUCUUGCUUAGCUGAAGACAGCUGCCACCUCGCCACUCACUUCGACCUGUGUUCCACGCAGGCCAGCAAAUACUAUCCCUCUAUCCCACCACCUGGACAGAUGUCUCUGUCCCCACUGUCCUCCUGUCAGAACACACUGAAACCUUUGCCUUGUCAGCGGCCCUGCCAGGAACACCAUGGUGAUGUUCACCCCCCAGCAAUGGGAAUCAAGAACAAUGACAAGCCCGACGACGCGAAGAAAAAAAAGACUCCGGGCAGGUCAGGCAAAAGGGGCCGUCCGGCUGGAACUACAAAGGCUGCCGGGUACAGAACCAGCACCGGAAGGCCACUGGGCACCACGAAAGCAGCGGGCUUCAAAACGAGUCCCGGGAGGCCCAUAGGCACAACCAGAGCAGCUGGUUACAAGGUGAGCCCAGGUCGCCCUCCUGGAAGCAUCAAGAACCUCUCUCGCCUCACCAAACUGGGCUACGGAACCUGCAGCGGCGCAGCGUUCCCAUACAGCGCCAUGCACAAGAGAGGUGUAUGUGAACCAGUGGCCAAAGAGAAAGAAACAAAUGAGUAAAAAAAAAAUAAAUGUACACACAUACACAUUUUUAUGUGAUGCUUGUGAUUUAAAAGGUGCAUGUUUUGUUGUCCAAUAUAGGGUGUGUGUUUAUACUUUUAUCAGGACUUGUGUGUGUGUGUGUGUGUGUGUGUGUGUGUGAAACAGAAUCAUUGUUUGGUAUCAAACUAUUUUUUGACUAUAUCUUGAUAUUGAAGUGUUUAACUUUUCACUUGCUACUUGUUUUGUUGCGUUGUCAUUAAUUUGCCCUCUUUUUUGCUUCAACAUAAAAAUGUGCUCUGCUGUUGUUAAAUGGACACUGCUACUCUGGGGUAUAAUGUAAACUUUUGGCAAGAUUUAUGUUGGGGCAAAUUUUACUGACCUCCGCAUAAGAGCUCAUAUUCUUUUUUCUGUGUGGAAAACCUACAACCAAUCUAAAGACCACACAUGAAUAUAAUUCGUUAAUACUUUAUUCUCAGAUGUGUAUUUUAAAAGAAAUCAAAUUGGUAAAAUGGGUAACACAAGAUUAAUUUGGUGGCAGCAUCCUUGAAAGAACCCUAGGUUUUGAGACAUUGUACAGAGACAGCCAUAAUUAGGUGGUUAGGUAGGCUAAAGGCUCAAAUGUAUACUGCAAACUACAACACCAUACUUCAGGACUACGCGUAUGUGUUUUUGUCCUAUACCCGUGUUCCAUUGUUACUUCAAGCUAUUUGACAAAAUGUUUUGGUGGAUAACUCAAACUAAGUUUUCUGUGAUGAUAAUGUGUUUAUGAAUCCUCUGUAACAGUAAAGAAAAGAAAACAAAUAGUAUCCAGGUAGGUGAGCCCAUAAUUAGUAGCCUUUAUUUCUCAGAUAAUAUUGCUGAACCAAUUUUUGCUCCAGUUAUUGUCAACCACAUUUCCUAUAAACUAGUGUUGGUGCCCUAGCUUUAAAAAGAAAGAAGGUGCCUUUGUGACUAGGACCCACUCUUUAUUAGCCUAAGGUUUAUAGCAUAAAAAUGGCCCUGUAGCUAAAAAAUCUACAAAGAUCUGUAAGAUUGGUAGCUGCAUGAUGCCACCUCAAAAUCUGGAACAGAUUCCAAUCAUAGGUCAACUCAAACUCCUGAAAUUCUAUUUAGUUAAAAUGAAACAAAAAUUAACACAGGUUUUGAAAGCUAUGUUUGACCAAGAUUCAUUCCUGUAACUUUGGCAGCCCAGCUGGCACCAGAUGACAUCAUGCUGUUGGCCAAUAUAGGCCUACCAGAUGACAUUCAAACCCAGUCCCGUCAUGCUGUUGGCCAAUAUAGGCCUACCAGAUGACAUUCAAACCCAGUCUCAUCAUGAAGUCAUAAAAAAAUGAUUGUAAAAUUCUAGAAUGUGGCAAUGCUGUUGGUAUACAGCUCACUGAGAUGCUACAGUGUGAUAAUGAAUUAGGAUUGAUUUUACUCUUUGGAGGUACGGUCCAUGAUUCCGGUGAAAGGUUGUUGAUAUUUGAGCUCAACAGCCAAUCAAAUUACACCCCUCCCUUCCGUGCUACUUGGCUGGAACGUUGAUGGCUUGGUCCGAGCCACUACGUUUCCCAUUUACAGAGCCAGGACUGUGAAUGAACACCACAGUUUUUUUGAGCACACAGACCGUGAGGAGCAAUUUGACAAAAAGUGUAUUUGACAGGAAUCGUUGACCGAACCUUUAACAAAGGGGGACUGUAUAUAGUGUCUGAGUGAAGUCAGGGAUAUGAUAAUGUGACAUCUUCAGAUACAGCCCGUCACCACAACUAAAGACAGAUGUUGUUUGGUCCGUGGCCUGUUGGACUCCUCAGAGAGGUGAGGGCAGCCUAUAUUGUGUUUGGAUAAGUAUAGUGUUUAGAUGGUAAGCUUUUAGGAUUGCUCUUUUGUUUUCUGUGGCAGCCCAGGCUUAAGCAGACCCACCUUUUGGCACUUUAUGUGUGUGAUUUUGUCCACACCUUCUUCACUUUCACUUUCUUUUUCACUUAUCUCAAACAUGGAGAGAUUUUCGGAGUGUUUAACGUAGGUCUGCAUUAAGAAAUAUAUGCUAUAUCUGGCACCAAAAUGGAUGUUACUGCUUGGACACGUGUUUCAAAACAGAAUCGAUGAUGACACAUUGUGGUGUAAAUGUUUCUUGCUUAUCUACUUGUUUUGACAUUGGAACUGUUUCUUCAAAUCAGAAAUGAAAAACAUUACAAACAUCUAAAUACAUUUGUAUGAAGCUAUUUUGUUGGCCAUAUGAGUUUUAGGUGUCGUUGAGGAGUUUCCAUCUUUACAAAACCAAAUAUAUCGGAGGCCUAUUCACAUCAAAACUAUAUAUUGUAAAGCAGACAAUCAAUUUGUUAUCUCACAAAACAUUUAUUUGCUUGUUGAUGUAGCCAAUCUAUUAUAAGUUAAAAGCUCUUUUUCUGAUCACUAUCUACCUGUCCUGGCCACUAUCUACUUGUACCGCCUGAUAAAACUACUACAAUUAUUUCUCAUAAUUAUGAUGGUAUAUUGAAAUUUAUGAGAUCUCUAAAUUACAAGAUAUCUUGAAAUUAUCUUAAAAAAGAAUUACCAUGGAGUCACGAGAUCUUUAAAAACAAGAUAGCAUGAGUCAUAGUAAAGGCGUUAAGUAAUUUUGACUUCAUGUGUCAUCAUUUUGCUUUAUUAUCUCAUUAUGUUGUGAUAGUGCUACUAUUUGGAGAUCAUGUUGUUACAGAACAUAGUAAAAGAUCUCAUAAUUCGAAAACAGUGACUCAUAACUACUAGAUCUUGCCUAAAUAUUGAGGAAAAAAUCUUUACGUCUUUCUCCGUGGCAGAAACGGGUUUCGGCUGUAAUGUUAUUGAAUAGUUGACUAAAUGCAGUGGCAGAUAUUUUAUCUUCUCUCUUUCACUUUGUAUAUUCAUUGUCUUUGGAGAAGGGCCUUUACUUAGUGCAUUACACCUACUUUGGUUUAUAAGUAUUUUCAUUCAUAAGGCUUACUGCAUUGCUGUCCAGCCUUUGGUUCCCAAUUUAGAGUGCAAUACCUUCGUUUCUAACCACUCCUACCACUGUAGACAUCAUGACUGUUUUUAAGUUAUUUAAUGUAUCUACCCUUUACCAAAGAACUCAAUGUAUCUGCCUCCAGCAAUGAGCUUGCUGAACUCACAAAAACUAUCAUUUAAAUGCAUUAUGUGCCAGCUCUUUGUGGACAAGAGCUUACUUACCUCAACAAAAUCAACAGAUACAGACUUAAAAAUGUGUCGUGUUUGAAACUAUGUUUGUCAAUAAUAUUUGUCAAUGAUGAUCAUAGAGAUAAAUCUCAACAAAAUGGCUUUCAUUUCAUCUAUAUGAUUGAUUUUGUGUAAUUUAGGGAAAAGCUUCCAUCAAGAAUCACUAUAACUAUUAUUAUGAUUUUUAUGACUUAUUCGACUCUCGCUUUUAAUACCUUUAUGUGUCACUGUUUAAUGUACAGUGUGUUUAUACACCCAGAGUGUUCUGCCUUUCAAAGAUGUUGCUUCUGUAUGACAAUGUGUGUUUUGAUUUGUCUUUCACAUAUUACAGUGUUGAUUUGAUGAUGUGCUCUUUAUGUGUAUUAUUCCUGUCUGAUUAUUUACAUUAUCCACAUUUCUCUUGAAUUGAAAAUUGACAAUUUUCACUUGAUCUUCAUUUUUACUUUUAGUGUCGUGAAUUUAGCGGUCAUACUGUGAGCCCUAUGCCUACCACAGACAUAAAUCAACCAAAACCAAGGUUUAUAUUCAGCCAUGUAUCCAUGAUACUAAUUGAUUUGUAUUUGUAUUUAGACAAUUCACCAAUAAACAAAUGACUGACAUAAAACUAGUGUAACUUGAAGUCACAACCACCAACAAAGCAAAUCACUGAUAUAUGUUUGCAGUUGUAUUUUUAAAGAGCUGUGUCAUUUUGCACCUAAAAGGCUAUUAAAAAUUAUGUAAUCUGGGGAAACGUUUUCUUGUUUGACCAUAGCCUAUGUGCAUGUUAGACGAGUGUUUGAGAAUCUGUGUAAUAAACCUUAAAUAAAUCUG